CCCCCUAGGCGGUUAAAGUCCGAUCGUCAUGACACUGUUGAUUAUGGAGGUAUCUCUCCGAUCAUUACUCGGAAGAAACCCAACGGUUUGAGUGAUUGUAAUUUGGCGGUUAAAAUGACUCCUGCUUUCAGCAUGACUAACCUCAGCUGUCCUCCUUCUCUUAAUUCCAGUCCUUCUCCAUUAAAAGGAUCUUCACCUGCUUCGGUGUCUGUUUUUAAUUUAGCGAUAGAGCCGUCCCAAUGUGUCCCACCUACUAAAGAAGGAUACUUGUUUAAGAAAGGAGGUAAGAGGAAUGACAAACCCUAUCAAAGGCGCUGGGUUGUGUUUGAUGGUGAAGACUUGAAAUAUUUCAAAGCAAAAGGAGAGAAAGAAUCUGAUGCUCGUAAUAAUGUGAAGUUAUCAGAGAUGAUCGACAUUAAGAGAGUAUCUGAUCCCGACCAUAACUCAAGGUUUGAUCUGGUGGUUAUUAACAGAGUGUUCCAGUUCUAUGCUGAUAAUGAUGACGAGGCACAACUUUGGGUCAGUGUCUUACAUGCUGCAAUCAGCAAAUAUAACCCUCAAGAUGAACAGUCUUGUAAAGUAGGAGGCAACAUGAACGAACCUGAUAAAGAAGGAUUCAUCAUGAAACAAGGACACGGGAGGUUCGCUGGGUUUAGACAAAGAUAUGUGGCACUGAAAGGAGCUAAGUUUGCUUAUUACGACAGCAAAGAGGAUUUUGUUCAAGGGAAGCCAAUCCAUGUCCUUGAUAUGAGACUGGCGAUGGUUAAACCUGAAGCUGGUGGAAAGAGCCGAUUUACAAUAACAAUGCCAAACCAGAGAUCAUACAUUUUCCAAGCGUCCAAUGAAGCCAACAGGAUGGAAUGGAUUGAGAAACUGUCCAAUGCCAUAUUGACUGGACUGAACCUGGCACCUGAACAGAAGGAGGGAAAGAAAGGAGUGAGGGCAGCUGAUAUACUGGAAAGGAUACAGAAGAAUCCUUCCAAUAAGAAAUGUGCCGACUGUGGUGAUGAAGACCCAUCAUGGGGUGUGGUCAAUAGAGGUAUCAUGGUCUGUAUUGAGUGCUCAGGAGUCCACAGAGCAAUGGGAGUUCAUAUAUCUAAAGUUAGGUCUGUCGAACUGGACACUGAGAUAUGGACCGACACUCUCAUUAACUUGAUGGUCACUAUUGGUAAUUAUUCUGCUAAUUUGUUUUGGGAGAGACACUUCAAAGGUGAGAGGAUACCGACUGAUUGUCCUAGAGAGAUUCGCGAGUCCUUCAUUCGCUCAAAGUACGAGAGUAAGUCCUGGGUACCUGAUAAUGCACUGGCCAACCAGGAGGAGCUGGAUAAGGCGUUGUGUUCGGCAGUGAUUGAUGAUGACCUGAUGUUAACUACAGAAUUACUUGUUAAAGGAGCUAACCCUUGUUGUAAUGUUAAAGAUAGUUCUGAUCCUGAACUAAACACACCUCUUGCUAUAGCAAGGUCCAAUAGUCAGCCAUUACAAGUUGAACUGUUGGAACAAAAUGGAGCGCUAGUUGAUAUUAAUAAUGAUUCUUCAAUACAGACCAUUAGUAAAAGAGGGUAUCUACAUAAAACUGGUUCAGAGAGACUCGGCUGGAAGAGAAGAUACUGCACCAUUGAUAACUUUAGGGGACUGGAAUACUUCAAGACAGACACAGACCCGGAAAUAUUGGGUAAUAUUGGAGUAAAUGAUAUCCUGGGGGUCUGCCAGUGUGAGGAUGAAGUCAAUGGGCGUGGUCAUUGCUUUGAAGUGAUCACAGCCGCUAGAGCCUAUCUGUUCUCAGCUGAUACUGAUACUGAUAUGAGUGAUUGGAUCAGUGUCGUCAGACAGGUAGGAAAGGGUUAAACU